AACAGACACUGUACCUGCGUAUACUACCAGGACUGGCACCGCACACGCCGCCCAAAGCCCGCAGUCGAAGGCGGCAUCCUCCCCGCCGUAUCCCAAGCCAUCUCGCCUCAACCCACGCUUGAUCCAACCACCACCACCACUUCCUCCUCGAAUUUCAGCAGUCCCCGAAACACGCUCUCAUCAAGCACAGGCGUCGUCCCACCGACGCCGCUACUAGCGACGAACCCACCUGGGACGUCCAGCACGGGACUGGCGUUUGACGAGGAGGCCAAGCUGGUUUAUGGGGUCGUCAUUUCGCUGAGGAACAUGAUCAAGAAACUUUCUGGGAGAGACGAACAAUUCGUAAACUACCGAACAUCAGCGUACAAACUGCACCUCUACGAAACCCCCACAGGCUACAAAUUCGUCAUGCUCAGCGACGCAAAAACCGAUUCGCUACGGUUCGUCCUGCGCCAGAUAUAUGUCGGCCCGUUCCUGGAGUACGUCGUUCGAAACCCCCUGGUGAAGAUGGAUGACAGGGAACAUGGCAUUGAUAAUGAGUAUUUUCGCGCAAGCGUUGAUAGGCUUGUUAGAGGCUUGUCCGUGUUU